AUUAGCGCACGGUUUUUUCAAGGUCCCGCCAUUUCCGACGGUGCUCGGCAACCUGAAUGAAAGAAAAUCGAUUUCUUUAAAUUGUCUUUCAUGGCAAAUUUUUCAUGGAAGCCACACAAUUGAAAGAAAAACCCCAAAUUGCUGAAGGAUCUUCACAGUCUGCAGAAUAUCGUGCUUUGCUUCGCGCAGGCCCGCGUCUCCGAUUCCUCCGCCAAGCCCAUGCCCAUCUCGUCGUCACCGGCUGCCACCGGAGCCGAGCUCUCUUGACGAAGCUCAUUAUAUUUGUUUGCACCGCCGGUUCAAUUACCUACACUCGCCGUCUCUUCUACUCCGUUCCCGAUCCUGAUUCCUUCCUCUUCAAUUCCCUCAUCAAAGCCUCCUCCAAGUUCGGCUUUUCCCUCGAUGCUAUUAUCUUCUAUCGUCACAUGCUACUGGCUGGUAUCCCGCCUUCAACUUACACCUUCACGUCUGUGAUCAAAGCUUGUGCUGAUCUCUCGGCUCUGAGAGCUGGUAGAGCCAUCCAUACCCAUGUUUUUGUCCAUGGGCACGGGACUGAUUCGUUUGUACAAGCUGCUCUGGUUACUUCCUAUGCGAAAUCUAGUAGUUUGGGUAUGGCACGGUCGGUGUUCGAUAAAAUGCCGGAUAGAACUAUUGUAGCCUGGAACUCCAUGAUUUCGGGGUACGAACAAAACGGGCUUCCAAAGGAAGCAUUAGCGCUAUUUGACGAGAUGCGUGCAUUGAAUAUGAAUCCUGAUUCUGCAACUUUGGCUAGUGUAUUGGCCGCUUGUUCUCAAUUAGGAUCUCUCAACUUGGGAUGUUGGGUGCAUGAUUACGUCAUUAGCAACAAUAUUGAAGUCAAUGUGAUUCUUGGUACCUCACUGAUAAACAUGUUUUCUCGAUGUGGUGAAGUAAAAAGAGCACGGGAAGUGUUUGAUAGUAUGUCCAAACGAAAUGUUAUUGUGUGGACAGCCAUGAUUUCUGGGUAUGGAAUGCAUGGUUAUGGCGGUCAAGCUAUGGAGCUUUUUGAUCAAAUGAAAGCAUACGGGCCACCUCCAAAUACAGUAACCUUCGUUGCAGUCUUAUCGGCAUGUGCCCACGCUGGACUUGUCCAUGAAGGACAAAGAGUAUUCACAAGCAUCAAACAAGACUAUGGUCUUGUCCCAGGAGUGGAGCACCAUGUUUGUAUGGUUGAUAUGCUUGGGCGAGCUGGGUUGCUCAACCAAGCAUAUCAGUUCAUCAAACAACUACGUCAGAAAGAUCUGGUUCCGGCGAUAUGGACGGCGAUGCUGGGGGCCUGUAAGAUGCACAAGAAUCUUGAUCUCGCAGUGGAAGUUGCAGAGCAUCUCUUAUAUGCAGAGCCAGACAACCCUGGACAUUAUGUCUUGCUUUCUAACGUGUUUGCAUCAGCUGGAAGAAUGGACAGAGUGGAACUGGUCAGAAACAUGAUGAUCCAGAGAGGCUUGAAGAAGCAAGUGGGAUACAGCAUCAUAGAUUUGAACAAUAAAUCUUACUUGUUCAGCAUGGGUGAUAAAUCCCACCCAGAAGCGAAUGAGAUUUAUCAGUAUCUGGAUGAGUUGAUAUUGAGGUGCAAGGGAGCAGGUUAUCUUCCUGCUCCUGAAUCGGCAAUGCAUGAGUUGGAAGAAGAAGAGAGGGAAUAUGCACUUAGGUAUCACAGUGAGAAGCUUGCAGUAGCAUUUGGUUUGAUGAAGACAGGCCAUGGCGUGACGCUGAGGAUUGUGAAGAACCUUAGGAUAUGUGAAGACUGCCAUUCAGCAAUCAAGUUCAUCUCAAAUCUGACGAACAGGGAGAUCAUCAUUAGGGACAAGCUUAGGUUCCAUCAUUUCAAAGAUGGCUCGUGUUCUUGUUUGGAUUAUUGGUGAAUGGUGACAGAAUUCUUACCCGCUUGGAAAUUGUUUAGUUAUAUGUAUAUAUUUUUAAGACAAGAUAUGGAGUGAAUGAGUUCUAUAUCGUCUAUCUAAAUCUUCUUUGGCUUGGUGAA